AUGAAAUAUGAGUCCUUCACUCUUGCUGGUCAUCCUUUGCUUGGGAGUAGCUGCAGCUGCCCCCACAGUUCCAACCGGCUUAGAUGCCCAACAGCAGGAGACUGCAAACUACAAAAACCUUCAUGAUCUGGUUGGUAAUGCAGAAGGGUCAGUGAGCGAACUGUCAGAGGAGCAUAAGAAAAUGAUUAUGCAGCGCAUCCAGAAAUAUAUGGAAGAGAAUGGAAGCAACAACGUGGAAAUGCUUUCCAUCAUUGGCUCGGUGAGUGUGGCGUGGAAUGCUGGACCCUGGGCUUCCUGUCCUCACUUCUUUCCCCAAAUAAUCUCUUGCU